CUUUAUCUUCAUCCACAACCAGCUCACAACAUGGGAAAUGUAGCAUCAAAAGCGCCAAAAACAGCACGGAAGCUACCUAAACGUACAGAACCUCCAACAUGGACGGGUUAUAACUCGAUUAAUCCCCAACAACAAUCAUCUGGUGCGGUACACAAAAAACCAUUGGCAGGAGAGAAGAAAGACGAAGCUAUUGAAGUUGACAGUCGGGACCCUCAUUUUAUGUCCAAUCUUUCUCGAUUGGGAGUUGUGAAGGUGGACCAUCAUAUGAAGGCCGUUCGCCCCCACCAGAGAUCUCGGGACAUGAUAGAAUCUCGUAGACAAUCUGAACAGGAGGCUGCUUCCAUGCAUCCUUCGCGAAAUCACGUCCAGGCCUCUACACUAAGCUACCUUUUGGACAAGAGCAAGUCAAACGCGUCUCGUCGGGAAUUAACGGAAUUAACGGAUAAGUACGGAGUCGAUAUUGAGAAGAUCGAGAGCUUGUCGCGGCAUAUUACAAGUCCAAGUAUCAAUUCUAACAGCGUAGUUAGGAAAGUACGGAACCAAGAUGGAGAAGAAGAGCUCUCAGUGAUGGCGAUUUGGGUGGAAUCUCGGGCUUUGAAGACUUAAAACUUGUUAAAAGUGACCGUGGAUUGUUGAACCCUUGUAUCGAGUAGUGUAUAUUAUUAUAUUACAGAGCGCACGGACCUCGUCAUAAUAAAAUAUCUCCUGUUUCUCCAACCACAA